AUGAUGUUUUCCAUUCUUUUACUGCUUUUUAUGUCAAUAUCACAAGUCAGAACGGGGUCAAUGUUAACAGGUACUUUCAAUCCGAACUCUACGGCUUUGAUCAAUGAAAGACGCGACAUCAAGGAAAUCGACGUUCUUCGACAGAUCAUCAACCAGGAAACUCUCAUCUGUUUAGCCGUGGUCAAGGAUGUAAAGGCAGCAGUGGACGACGUUAGUUUUGUGAAGCGAAGCAUGGCGUCUACAGAAACGAUGGCCUCCUCUCUACAGCAGGCGCUAAAAACAUUGAAAAGUCAGGUUGAUUCCUUCAUUCAGAACAAUAAAUUAGCGCAGACGGUAGAAUUAUUAAAACGACAGGUAGAUAUUCACCAGACGGUAGAUACAUUGAAAACACAGGUUAAUUUUUUGAGUGGGGAACAGAGAAAAGAAAAGGAGAAGAUUGCAAUGAGUUGUGAGAACAAGAUUCAAGAAACUGAACAGAAGUUUAAUAGAAACAUCGCCGAGAUAUACGAACUUCUAAAUAACAGAACAUUCCAAACCGUUAAGAAAGGUUCAAAAGCAACAGAUUGUAAGGACCAUUAUCUACAAGGACAAACACAGUCUGGUGUUUAUGAAAUAUAUCCUUUUCAUAACGAGAUCCAGGUCAGCGUGCACUGUGAUAUGGAGACUGAAGGCGGAGGGUGGACAGCAAUCCAGAAACGGGUGGGUGGAUCCCUGAGUUUUGACAAAAUGUGGGCGGAGCACAAAAAGGGUUUGGGAACCCCUAAUGACUCCUAA